AUGGGCUCCCUCAGCACCACAAAUGUGGAAUUCUGCCUUGAUGUGUUCAAAGAGCUGAGCUGUAGCCAUGCAGGAGAGAACGUCUUCUUUUCUCCACUGAGUCUGUUUUAUGCUCUCAGUAUGAUCCUUCUCGGUGCCAGAGGAAACUGCGCACACCAAGUUGAAAAGGUGCUUCACUACCAUCAUUCUGCAGAGUUCUUAAAACCAAGGUUGAAGGAUUCGUCAGAGUGCAGCCAAGCUGGGAGGAUGCACUCAGAGCUUGGAGUUCUGCUCUCUCCGAUCAACCAGCCACACUCUAAGUACACCCUCAGCAUUGCCAACAGGCUCUAUGGGACAAACGCACUGGAAUUCCACCAGCAAUAUUUAAGCUGUUCUGAGAAACUGUACCAAGCCAGGCUGCAAAGUGUUGAUUUUGGCCAGUCCGUAGAAGAAACGAGGAAAUCUAUUAAUGCCUGGGUUGAAAGUAAAACGAAUGGAAAAGUAAAAAACCUCUUUGGAAAAGGCACCAUCGACCCUGCCUCUGUAAUGGUCCUGGUGAGUGCCAUAUAUUACAAAGGACAAUGGCAAAAUAAAUUUCAGGAAAAGGAGACCACGAAAACUCCAUUUCAGCUAAGUGAGGGUAAGAGUGUGAUGGUAGACAUGAUGUACCAAACUGGAACAUUCAAGAUAGCCUCCAUAAAGAAUCCAUAUAUGCAAGUCCUUGAACUGCCUUAUGUUAACGAGCUAAGCAUGGUUAUUCUGCUCCCAGAAGGUACAGCGAAUCUAGACCAGAUAGAGAAGCAGCUGAAUGCCAGGACGUUCCGGGAAUGGACGCGCCCCUCCACCUUGGUGGAGCGCGAGGUGGAGGUGCAUAUCCCCAGGUUCAAACUCACCCACAAGUACGAGCUGAACUCCCUGCUGAAAGCCCUAGGCAUGACAGACAUCUUCGACCAGGCCAGAGCCGACUUCUCUGGCAUGUCCCCGGACCCAGGCCUGUUCUUGUCCAAGGUCGUCCACAAGGCUUACGUGGAGGUCAACGAAGAGGGCACCGAGGCCGCGGCCGCCAGCGGGGAGAGCGUGGCUGUCAAAAGACUCCCCAUCCGAGACCGCUUUGUGGCCAACCAUCCCUUCCUGUUCUUCAUCAUGGACAUCUCUACCGGGGUGAUCUUCUUCGCAGGCAAGCUUGCCUCUCCCUGA